GAGGCGGUGAGAGGCCGGCGACUGGGUUGGGAACUGCAGAGAUGGAUUAGGGGUCCCGAUCACGGGUCCCCCGGUUAGAGGAAGAGGAGGGCGGCUAGGGGAGGGGAAGAGCUUGCCUUACUCCAGCCGAAAGGAUGCAGUUUUGCUGCAUUUAAAUUAAGUGCUUCUCUUCAACUUUUCUGUACAGCUAUAAGUGCACAGUGGAAUUUAUUUUUUUUCUAUGUAUAAGGAGAGAAAAUGACUGCUGGUUCAGUGUGUGUCCCUCAGAUCAUACCACUACGAGUGCCUCAGCCUGGAAAAGCUAACCAUGAAAUUGAUAACAAUACACUUUUAGAAAUGAAAUCAGACACUCCAGAUGUCAACAUAUAUUAUACUCUGGAUGGCAGCAAACCUGAAUUUCUAAAGAGAACUGGCUAUGGGGAAAAUAACACAUUUAAGUAUACAAAACCUAUUACUCUGCCUGAUGGAAAAAUACAAGUUAAAGCUAUUGCUGUCUCUAAAGACUGCAGACAGAGUGGCAUUGUGACAAAGGUGUUUCAGGUAGGCUAUGAACCACCGAAUGUAGUCUCUCCUGAAGACAAUGUUGAAAAUGUUCUCAAAGAUUCUUCAAGGCAGGAAUUCAAAAAUGGAUUAGUUGGAUCAAAACUAAAGAAGAAAUAUCAGAACUCUGAAAAUCAACGCAGCUGGAAUGUUAACCUCAGAAAGUUUCCAGAGAGUCCACUGGAAAUCCCAGCUCACAGUGGAGGAUCAGGUUCUAGACCACCCACCCGCCAGUCCCAGUCUCCCGGUUUUGCACACAUAAGUGGCCUGAAGUGUUUGACAAGCACGGAGAUAAUGAGAAUUCAAAGGGAGACAGACUUUCUCAAGUGUGCCCACUGCCUUGCCCCCCGCCCAUCAGAUCCCUUUGCUCGCUUCUGUCAAGAAUGUGGCUCUCCUGUCCCACCCAUAUUUGGCUGUCGUCUCCCACCCCCGGAAGGAGCUCAGAUGGGCUUAUGUGCAGAAUGCAGAAGCUUGGUGCCCAUGAACACUCCCAUCUGUGUGGUGUGUGAGGCCCCUCUUGCUCUACAGCUGCAGCCACAGGCAAGCCUCCACUUGAAGGAGAAGGUAAUUUGCCGGGCCUGUGGUACAGGAAAUCCCGCUCACCUGAGAUACUGUGUCACCUGUGAGGGGGCCCUGCCUUCAUCACAAGAGUCGAUAUGCAGUGGGGAUAAAGCCAGUCCUCCGCCCACUCAGAAAGGGGGGACCAUCUCCUGCUCCAGAUGUGGUCGUUGGAAUCUCUGGGAGGCGUCCUUCUGCGGCUGGUGUGGAGCCAUGCUUGGCAUUCCUGCUGGCUGCUCUGUUUGCCCUAAAUGUGGGGCCAGCAAUCACCUGUCUGCCCGAUUCUGUGGCUCCUGUGGUAUUUGUGUGAAGUCCUUCGUGAAGCUUAGCUUGGACAGAAGCCUGGCUCUAGCUGCUCAGGAACCUCGCCCUUUUUCUGAGUCCCUGAAUAAUCCUUUGCCCAGAUCUGAUUCUGGGACUAAGAGGGACAUAGGCACACAGACUGUUGGCCUGUUCUACCCAUCCGGCAAGCUGCUAGCAAAAAAGGAACUGGAAAUAGCCUCUCAAAAGCAGAGGCAGGAGAAAAUGAGUGACCAUAAACCGCUCCUCACAGCCAUCAGCCCAGGAAGAGGGUACUGGAGAAGACAGCUGGAUCACAUCUCUGCUCACCUCAGGUGUUAUGCUCAGAACAACCCUGAAUUCCGGGCCUUGAUUGCAGAACCCAGGAUGGGAAAGCUUAUCUCUGCUACUGUCCACGAAGAUGGUUGUGAAGUUAGCAUCAGACUGAAUUAUAGUCAAGUCUCAAACAAGAACCUCUACCUGAACAAGGCGGUGAAUUUCAGCGACCACCUUCUGAGCAGUGCUGCCGAGGGUGAUGGGGGGCUGUGCGGCAGCAGGUCCAGCUGGGUGAGUGACUACAGCCAGAGCACCUCAGAUACUAUUGAAAAAAUCAAAAGGAUAAGGAAUUUCAAGACCAAAGCUUUUCAAGAAAAGAAGGAGCAGCUUUUACCUGAAAACAGACUCCUGCUGAAGGAAGUCGGACCCACGGGGGAAGGAAGAGUCUCUGUGAUUGAACAGCUGCUGGAUGAGGGAGCAGACCCCAACUGCUGUGAUGAAGACAAUCGACCCGUCAUAACCGUGGCUGUUAUGAAUAAGCACCAUGAAGCGAUUCCGGUUCUCGUGCAGAGAGGAGCAGACAUCGACCAACAGUGGGGGCCGCUCAGAAAUACAGCUCUUCACGAAGCUACUCUGCUUGGCCUUGCAGGAAGAGAGAGCAUCGCCACUUUACUGGGAUGCAAUGCAAGCAUCCGAAAGAAGAAUGCAGGAGGCCAGACAGCGUACGACCUGGCUCUGAACACUGGAGAUGACCUCAUCACCUCACUCUUUGCUGCCAAGUUUGGCCAAGGACUCGAGGACCAACUCGCCCAAACUAGGAGCCUCAGACUGGAUGACUGUUAGACCUGAGGCCUCCCCGGGACUUCAUUUAAGAAUAUGUGCGGUGGCUGGCACGGUGGUUCAUGCCUGUAAUCCCAGUGCUUUGGGAGGCUGAGGCUGGCAGAUCACCUGAGAUCAGGAGUUCAAGAGUAGCCUGACCAACAUGGAGAAACCCCGUCUCUACUAAAAAUAUGAAAUUAGUCAGGCAUGCUGGCGCAUGCCUGUAAUGCCAGUUACUCGGGAGGCUGAGGCAGGAGAAUCACUUGAACAUGGGAGGUGGAGGUUGUGGUGAGCCAAGAUCGUGCCAUUGCACUCCAGCCUGGGCAACAAGAGCAAAACUCCGUCUCAAAAAAAAAAAAAAAAAAGAAUAUGUGCAGCUCUGGCUAUUCUUUAAUCAUGUCUUUUUAAAAUGUGUAUUUGAGGUUGAGAGGAACUCAGGAGAUUUUUUUAAAAAAUCAUAUGACAGUAUAAGCCAUCAGUACUAAAUGGACAGCUCCCAGUAUACUGUGGGCUGUGAUAAACUGAAUGUAUGUUUUUUAAUGGUUUAUUGCUGCAGUUUUUUUAUGUAUUUGAUUUUUAGUUUUUGACUUAUUUUUCAAUAGGUAAUAAUUGCACAUGGUUCACAGCUAAAAGGUAUGAAGUAUUAUGUAGGGAUGUGUCCCUCCCAUCCUGUCCCACAGCCACCACCUCCCUCCUCAGCCACCAAUGACACCAGCGUCGACUUGCCUUUCCAGGGGUUGUGCAAAGUUAGAUAUGCACAUACAUGUGGUAUAAGCACAUGUACAUAGAAGUACACAUAGAAUAUAAACAUGUCUGUAGCACAUAUAUAUUCUUUCCCCUCUUCUAAAACAAACGGUAGCAAACCAGCCACACACUGUUCUGCAUCUUGUUCUUUUUGCCCGAUACGUCUUGUAGGUGGCCCCUAAUUAGUAUGUAAAGAUUGACCUUAUUUAAAUUUUUUUAUGUUGAAAUCAUCAAUAUUCCCAUCAUUAUGGUUUGUUCUUUGACUGACAAAUCAGCUCUCAAUAAACCGCUUUGCAGGAAUGUGUAA